GCCGCACCGAGCAGAGCGCAGCGCCAGCCUCGGAGCCCGCGCGUCGCACGCCUGCAGCGCCGCCCGCACAGACAGCUGCUACACCCCAUGUAAAAGUCAGAAAAUACAAUGAAGAUUCUUCAGUGCAAGAUGCGGUACUGGCUGAUUCCAGCUUGCGUGGCAGCUGCUUAUUUCUGCAGCGUCGUCCAAGGUCAAGUGUCUGCUCCCACGAGGCUGAGAUACAAUGUGCUGUCUGAGGACAGUGUUCAGAUCUCCUGGAAAGCUCCCCGGGGGAAGUUCGGUGGAUACAAACUUCUGGUGACUCCAGCUUCAGGAGGAAAAACCAAUCAGCUGAAUCUCCAAAACACUGCAACUAAAGCAAUUAUUCAAGGUCUUAUGCCGGAGCAGAACUACACAGUUCAAAUUAUUGCAUACCACAAAGACAAGGAGAGCAAGCCGGUGCAAGGCCAGUUCAGAAUUAAAGAUUUAGAAAAAAAGAAGGAUCCGACAAAGCCCAGAGGCAAGGCCGUGGACAAAGCAAAUGGGACGAGCCAGGCUUUGCCAGAAGAAGCGAAGUUCAUGUGCCCGAGCCCGGCGCUCGCCGACAUCGUCAUCCUGGUGGACGGCUCCUGGAGCAUCGGCAGGUUUAACUUCAGGCUGGUUCGGCUCUUCCUGGAAAAUCUGGUCACGGCCUUCAACGUGGGCUCCGGGAGGACUCAGAUCGGUCUUUCUCAGUACAGUGGUGACCCCAGGAUAGAGUGGCACCUGAACGCCUUCAGCACUAAAGACGAAGUCAUCGACGCCGUGCGCAAUCUUCCAUACAAAGGGGGAAACACGCUGACCGGCCUUGCUUUGAACUACAUUUUUGAAAACAACUUUAAACCCGAAGCAGGAUCGAGGACGGGAGUGGCCAAAGUCGGCAUUCUGAUCACAGACGGAAAGUCUCAGGAUGACGUCGUCCCGGCCUCGCGGAGGCUGCGGGAGUCCGGAGUGGAGCUCUUUGCAGUAGGCGUGAAGAACGCGGACCUGAAUGAGCUGCAGGAGAUCGCCUCGGAGCCCGACAGCACCCACGUGUACAACGUGGCUGAGUUCGAUCUGAUGCACACAGUGGUGGAGAGUCUGACCAGGACGGUGUGCUCCGGGAUGGAGGAGCAGGACCGGGAGAUCAAAGCUUCAGCCCUUGCCACCACGGGGCCACCGACGGAGCUGAUUACGUCUGAAGUCACCGCCAGGAGCUUUAUGGUUAACUGGACGCAUGCCCCAGGCCACGUGCAGAAAUACAGGGUCGUGUAUUACCCUACCCGAGGGGGAAAACCGGAAGAGGUGGUGGUGGACAGAAGUGUAUCUUCCCUGGUCCUGAAAAACUUGAUGUCUUUAACUGAAUACCAGAUAGCGGUCUUUGCCAUCUAUGCCCACACUGCCAGCGAAGGCCUUCGGGGCACGGAGACGACACUUGCUCUGCCUGUGGCUUCCGACCUUGAGCUGUAUGGUGUGACGGAGAACAGCCUGCGCGUCAAGUGGGACCCAGUGCCGGGGGCCACGGGGUACCUGCUCCUCUACGCGCCUCUCACGGAGGGGCUGGCUGGGGAUGAGAAAGAGAUGAAAAUUGGAGAAACCCUCACAGACAUCGAGUUGACCGGGUUGGUCCCCAACACGGAAUACACUGUCACGGUUUACGCAAUGUUUGGGGAGGAGGCCAGUGACCCUGUCACGGGACAGGAGACGACACUACCUUUAACUCCACCGAGCAACCUGAGAAUCUCCAAUGUGGGCUCCAACAGUGCUCGAUUGUCCUGGGACCCAAGCUCCAGAAAGAUCAGCGGUUACCGCAUUGUCUACACCAGCGCAGAUGGCACUGAAAUCAAUGAGGUUGAGGUUGACCCCAUCACCACGUUCCCUCUGAAAGGCCUGACCCCGGUCACCGAGUAUUCCGUUGCCAUUUUCUCCAUCUAUGACGAAGGGCAGUCUUUGCCUCUGGCUGGAACUUUCACCACAGAGGAAGUCCCAGCCCAGCAGUACUUGGAAAUCGAUGAGGUGAAGACAGACAGCUUCAGAGUGACCUGGCACCCGCUCUCGGCUGAGGAGGGUCAGCACAAGCUGAUGUGGAUUCCGGUCUACGGGGGAAAGACCCAAGAGGUGGUCCUUAAGGAGGAGCAGGACUCCUAUGUCAUCGAGGGCCUGGAUCCUGGCACUGAGUAUGAAGUUUCGCUCCUGGCUGUGCUGGACGACGGCAGUGAGAGCGAGGUGGUCACAGCCGUGGGGACCACACUUGACAGUUUUUGGACAGAACCAGCCACAACCAUAGUACCAGCCACACCUGUAACAUCAGUUUUGCAGACAGGAAUCAGAAACUUGGUUGUAGAUGAUGAAACUCCCUCCAGCCUACGGGUGUCGUGGGACAUUUCCGACAGCAACGUGGAGCAGUUUAGGGUGACCUACUUGACAGCGCAAGGGGACUCCGUGGAGGAAGUGGUUAUGGUGCCUGGAAGCCAGAACAGCGUUCUUCUGAAGCCCCUUCUCGCAGCUACCGAAUACAAAGUCACCGUGACACCCAUCUACUCAGAUGGAGAAGGUGUCAGCGUCUCCGCCCCCGGGAAGACCUCGCCACCCUCUGGUCCCCAAAACUUACGGGUCUCGGAAGAGUGGUACAACCGGCUUCGCAUCACAUGGGACCCCCCGCCCGGCCCCAUAAAGGGCUACAGGAUCGUCUACAGACCCGUCAGUGUUCCUGGCCCGACUCUGGAAACUUUUGUGGGUGCUGACAUUCACACCAUCCUUAUCACCAACCUCCUCAGUGGAAUGGACUACAGCGUGAAGAUCUUCGCCUCCCAGGCCAAGGGCUUCAGCGACGCCCUGACGGGCCUGGUGAAAACACUGUUCUUGGGUGUGACUGAGCUCCAAGCCCACCAGGUGGAAAUGACCAGCUUGUGUGCUCAGUGGCAAGUGCAUCGCCAUGCCACAGCCUACAGGAUCGUCGUAGAAAACAUCCAGGAUACACAAAAGCAAGAAUCCACUGUGGGAGGAGGGACAAACAGACACUGUUUCUAUGGACUUCAGCCUGAUUCCGAGUAUAAAAUCAGCAUUUACACCAAGCUGCAGGAGCUGGAGGGGCCGAGUGUGAGCAUAGUCGAGAAAACACGGUCCCGGCCUACUCAGCCACCGACGUCCCCUCCAACCAUCCCACCUGCCAGAGAAGUGUGUAAAGCUGCCAGGGCAGACCUGGUGUUCAUGGUGGACGGGUCCUUCAGCAUUGGGGACGACAAUUUCAACAAGAUCAUCAACUUCCUGUACAGCACCGUGGGAGCCCUGGGCAGGAUUGGCGCAGAUGGAACUCAAGUGGCGAUCGUUCAGUUUACAGAUGACCCCAGGACAGAAUUCAAACUAAAUGCUUACAAAACCAAAGAGACGCUUCUUGACUCCAUUAAACGCAUUUCCUACAAAGGGGGAAACACAAAAACAGGAAAGGCAAUGAAACAUGUCCGGGACACCUUGUUCACCGCAGAGGCAGGAAUGCGAAGAGGCGUUCCCAAGGUCAUCGUGGUGAUAACCGACGGCCGGUCGCAGGACGAGGUGGACAGCGUCUGCAGGGAGAUGCAGGUGGACGGCUACAGUAUCUUUGCAGUCGGUGUGGCUGACGCAGAUUACUCAGAGUUGCUCAGCAUUGGCAGCAAGCCCAGCGCCCGCCACGUUUUCUUUGUGGAUGACUUUGACGCCUUCAAGAAAAUUGAAGAUGAAUUAAUUACUUUUGUCUGUGAAGCUGCCUCCGCAACCUGUCCAAUGGUGCACAAGGAUGGCACUGAUGUUGCAGGAUUUAAGAUGAUGGAAAUGUUUGGUUUGGUUGAAAAGGAAUUUUCAUCGGUGGAAGGGGUUUCUAUGGAGCCUGGUACCUUCAACGUGUAUCCGUGUUACCAACUGCACAAAGAUGCCCUGGUCUCCCAGCCAACCAGGUAUUUACAUCCGGGAGGAUUGCCUUCUGACUACACAAUCAGUUUUCUCUUCCGAAUUCUUCCCAACACUCCCCAGGAGCCCUUUGCCCUUUGGGAAAUUUUAAAUAAAAAUUCGGACCCAUUGGUUGGGGUCAUUUUAGAUAAUGGUGGGAAAACUCUAACAUAUUUCAACUAUGACCACACUGGGGAUUUUCAAACCGUCACUUUUGAAGGACCUGAAAUUAGGAAGAUUUUCUACGGGAGCUUUCACAAGCUGCACGUGGUCGUCAAUAAGACUUUGGUCAAAGUGGUUGUUGACUGCAAGCAAAUGGGUGAGAAGGCAAUAAAUGUAUCAGCUAAUAUCACAUCGGACGGAGUAGAAGUCCUGGGGAGAAUGGUUCGGUCGAGAGGACCAAAUGGAAGUUCCGCACCAUUCCAGUUGCAGAUGUUUGAUAUCCUUUGUUCCACUUCCUGGGCCAGUAGAGACAAAUGCUGUGAGCUUCCAGGCCUGAGGGACGACCAGGCCUGCCCCAACGUGCCCCAUUCCUGCGCCUGUUCACAAACCAACGAAGUGGCCCUGGGACCAGUGGGCCCACCGGGUGGUCCGGGACUCCGUGGACCGAAGGGCCAACAAGGUGAACAGGGUCUAAAGGGACCAGAGGGCCCUCGGGGUGAAUCAGGCCCUGCAGGACCGCAGGGGCCUCCAGGUCCCCAAGGACCGAGUGGUCUGUCCAUUCAGGGAAUGCCGGGAAUGCCGGGCGAGAAAGGAGAGAAAGGAGAUACCGGCCUUCCAGGGCCACAGGGAGUCCCAGGAGGCGUGGGCUCACCAGGACGAGAUGGCUCCCCCGGCCAACGGGGGUUUCCCGGAAAGGACGGUUCCUCCGGCCCACCAGGACCCCCAGGGCCAAUUGGCAUCCCCGGAGCGCCGGGAGUCCCCGGGGUCACGGGCAGCGUGGGACCGCAAGGCGCCCUGGGCCCUCCCGGUGUCCCUGGAGCAAAGGGAGAGAGAGGCGAACGAGGUGACCUGCAGUCUCAAGCCAUGGUGAGGGCAGUGGCGCGGCAAGUGUGUGAGCAGCUCAUCCAAAAUCACAUGGCCAGGUACGCUGCCGUCCUCAACCAGAUCCCCAGCCACUCUUCAUCCACCCGCACCGUCCAGGGGCCUCCCGGGGAGCCCGGACGGCCUGGCUCACCCGGAACCCCCGGGGAACAAGGGCCCCCCGGUGCCCCUGGCUUCCCAGGAAACACAGGCUUGCCGGGGACCCCAGGAGAACGAGGUCUAACUGGUCUCAAGGGAGAGAAAGGAAAUCCAGGCAUCGGAACUCAAGGUCCAAGAGGCCCCCCAGGACCAGCAGGACCUUCAGGGGAGAGUCGGCCUGGCAGCCCUGGGGCCCCCGGCUCUCCUGGACCACGGGGUCCCCCGGGGCACCUGGGGGUGCCAGGGCCACAAGGUCCUUCCGGCCAGCCUGGAUAUUGCGACCCCUCGUCGUGUUCUGCCUAUGGUGUGGGAGAUCUGAUCCCUUACAACGAUUACCAGCAGUGAAGUGGAUGUCCUCCACUUUGGUCAUCUUGGCAUGGACAUUUGGCUAUGGAUACAGACCUGUCCUAUUGAUCACCACGAUUAAGCCCCUGCCCCUAACAACGGCCACUUCUCUUUCCUGCCUCAGCUGCUUCCCUGCCUUUCCACCUUUAGAUCCUUUGCUCUUCCCUCUCCAGAUGUGAUGGAGUGAUGACAGAGGGACAUGGCCAGAUUGUGCAGUCAUUAUAGUAAGCCUGACUGCACCAGGUCAGCCUGGAUAGAGGUGUACGAUUGUGAACUGAGAGUUUGUCCCAAGUCCUCUCUGGGCAAGGUCUGCAGUAACACAGCUUCAUGGUGCCUUCCCCUCCAUCCUUCCCCCACGCACUCAGAUGGGGCUCUUCACCUGACCUGCUACUCUCCUUCCUCGCCUGGUCACCUGCUGCCCCACUGUCCCCAGGGAUGGACUUCUAACAUGAGAUUGAGUUUUAGGUUUUAUUUUCCUUUUUGUAAUACUUCUGAAUUUUCAGGGUUUCUUUUGUAAAUAAAACACAUACUAUUUAAGCCUUUGGCUGUGAUUCUGGUUUUCUAACCAUUCCUCUAACUGCCGUCCCUUCCUCCUUUUGCUAACCGUGAGACCUGAAAAGGUGCCAGUGGCCUCAGUGUGCUGGGUCAGGCAGCUGCUGCUUUCUACCCAAGCAGGAUAUCUCUGUAGUUGAUGGACCAAAUCUGUGUCUCUGAGGACCCACCUGAGGGGAGAUUAUUAAUUUGUGGUCUCUGGGUUCUAUCAAGUCCCCACCCCACUUUUCCUCUUUAGCCCCCCAUCCAGAUGAGCCUGAAUUCACCCCUGUCCAAGACGAGCAGGAAGCCUUGGAAUUGUGGGGCUCCGGGAUCUAACAGCCUCAGGGGACAUUGGAAGACCAGUGGCAAGACCUCCUAAGGAACUUUCCCUGAGAAAAUGUUGUCACAGGGUUUGUAUGCUGGGGAGCUCGUGUCUGCAGCCUGGACCUCCGCCUUGGAUAAUGUUAGUGUUACUGUAUUAUUAUCAAAAUUGUAUUUUUAAAAAUGACACCCUUGCUGUUUUGUUCAGAGAAGAAUGCCCAAAGACAACUUGGGAAAAUAAAUUGAACCCUGGAGUCUUGUGUGGCAAAUGAUCUCAAGUCCUAAAAUGAACAAGAUAUGACAGUGUUGGAGGGAAAUGGGCCCCUGCAGGAAAAGAGUGAAUUCAAAGAGAGUCACAGAUUAUACCACUCACCAGCCCCACGGGAACGAUAAAAAAAGGAUUCAUCAUCGCUGACACUACCUCUUGCUUGCUUGACUGAGCUGUCCAGUUCUGAGAUCAUGUAGUGACUGGUUUCACGGGUAUCUAAAAGGAAGUUCCCAAAUGUAAUCAUUCUGGAUUUGAUAAUUUAAAAAUAGACUUAGCUUCUCAAUGGUUUUUGACUCAUGUAAAGUAACGGCUUUCCACCAGUUCUGAUUUGUCCAGCAGUAUGUCCUAGGCCAUGUCUCUCCUUGUCUACAGGGAUUACUUUGUACAUGCAGAAAAGUUUCUGAGAACACAUUUUUAUUUUCUU